GUCCCGACCCGGAAGUUGUCAUUUCUGGCUCUGACAUGGCGGCGGCGGAGGCGACGGUGAUGCCGGUUCCCCGCGCGGAGCUGAAGCUGGUGCGGCUGCUGAGCCGCUGCGAGGCGCUGGCGGCCGACCGGCGCGGGCCGGACGAGUGGCGCCUGGAGAAGGUCCGUGCGGCGGCCGAGGGGCGGGGACCCACAAUGCACGGCGGGGUUGCUAGGGGAACGGGGGGAGCCGCCCCCUUUGGGCAGCUGCCUGGCAGGCCGGCAUCCGGCAGGGGCAGCUUUCCCUGCAAACAGCAGCACCUGUGGGCCGCCUGCCUGUGUCGCAGGGCUCUAUUACCAGAUUUGGGUUUUUUAAAAAUAAUAAUACGCAAUUUCAUAUACUCUCAGGAUUUUAAGAAUUAAAAAUAACAAUUAUAAAUACUUUCGCUUGUUAAAAGAAUUAAAAAAUCUUUCCUAGAUUAUAAACAAGUUCAAAUCCAAUAAGUCUGAAGAUCACUUAAAUGGCUCAACGUAAAUUUACAAGUAGACGCGCAUUAUUUACAAACAGUCUUUGCAAUUAUUAUCAGCAGUUGUGCUUUGUUGUUUACUAAUUUUUAUGCUGCCCCGUGGCUCAAAAAAGUUCAUGGAGCAGCAUAGCAAUGGGUACUUUUUUUUUAAAGUACAAAUUAAAACGUAAAGGCACAAGAUCAAAGGCAUGUCUGCAUUAGAUCACACAUUCCAGCUACCAGUCUCGGCCUUACGUCCGUGUAACAGAUGCAAGGAAUCUGAAAACGCAAAGAAAAUCUCUGAGGUCAUAUCAUAUUGUAGCAAAAAUGGAGAGGUGGUUUUAAACACACACACAACUUCUUCUUCGAUCCCUUGUAGCCGAGUAAGAUUGUCUUCCAUAAACACGGUCUUAACAUUGAGUCAGUAAGGGACUGUGGAGGCCAACUCUGGAUCCCCACGUCCUUCCACUGUGGGGACAUUGAUUUCCAGGCAGGAGUUGAUCCCGGUGUGGGUUUGCCAUGCGUGCCUUCCUCUUGGCACAUUUCUCCCUUGCGUCCUGAGUUCCAGUUUCUUCAAAGCCCAGGACACCUUUGGUCAAGCCUGUUCUCCAACUGGAGCCCUCGCAGGCCAGUGUUUCCCAGUUGUCAGUGUUUAUACUCCAUUUUUUUAGCUUUGCCUUGAGAGGGUCUUUGAACCUCUUUUGUUGACCACCAGCAUUGUGCUUUCCAUUUUUAAGUUCCUCUUUAAGCUGGGGGGGUGGGUCUUGGUGGCACCCCUAACCAGAAGGUUGUAAUUUCAGAAGGUUUUUGGAGCGCUGGCAACCUUCCGGCCGUGGAAGGCAAUCUCACGGAAUGUCCUGCCACCUGCCACACGGUCGCCACUGGGUGUCGCCCUCGGCCCAAAGGGGCUUUGCCUUGGGAGGACCUUGACAGAGCGAGCCUCUCCGCCCCCCCCAUCAACCUGCCACGUCAUGGGUCCGUUCAGAGCCAGAGGGUUGCGGUCCCCUCGCGGUCUCCCUCCACCGUUGGAGGCAGGGAACGUCCCUUAAGUCCUAACACUCUGCUAGGAAUUGCAAGCGGGGAGAGUUGCUGCUGCUGCUACAGUCAAAUCCUGCUUCCAGUUGCAACUGGAACUGGUGCAAACUGGUGCAUGUAGCCAGCCACUGGGAGGACAGGAGGGCUGGACCAGGUGGGCCCCCUUUGGCCUGACCACCCCCUUUUUGGGGGGGGGGAUGGUUUUACAAAAUAAAUCACACAAUUAUCCCAGUUAAAUUUUGAAAUAAAACCAGAUUCUUCCAAAUCUUUUUUUUAAAAAUGCAAUAUUUAUUAAAUUUCCAUUUCAUAUUAUUAAAAUACCAUAACAUUUUUCUAUGAUAUUGAUUCAGUUGAAAUGUCGACCUCCUUCCCUCCCAACUCGUGGCUACCUGAAUUUUUCUUUUUAAAUCUUUUAGCAUUUGUACAUUUUCCUCCUUACUUCUCUGUGAAGAAGUGCGGCCACAAAAAGCCCCUCUAAAUGCCCUAAAUAGGUUACCUGAAGGCGGGUUUCUGUGGCAUCUCCAAACCGAAUGCUCCUUCGCUUGAAGAAGGCUCUGGCCCAGUGUUGCUCACACCAGUUCCCUCUCUUUCCUUCCCAGUACGUCUCUGCCCUGGAAGAGAUGCUCCUGGACCUCAAGAAACACUCCAGGUGAGUUCCUUUCCCUGGUGGGAUCUGCAGAGGUCUCAGGACCAUAGAAUUCUGCAAGGCAGAAAUCCCAACCAAAGCUUCCAAUCGCUGCUUAAACACCCCCAAGAAAGGAGAGUCUGAGGGAGUCCCUUCCCCUUUCGAACAGCUCUUGCCUUCAGAAAGUUCUUCCUGGUGUUUAGUCAGAAUCUCCUUUCUUGGAACUUGAAGGCCUGGGUUCGAGUCCUCCCCUCCAGAGCAGGAGAAAACCAAGCUUGCUCCAUCUCCCAUGUGACACAGCCCUUCAGAUAUCUCCUCUCAGCCUCCUCUUCUCCAGGCUGAACACUCCCAAGUUCUUCAACCGUUCCUUGUAAGGCUUGGGUCUCCAGACCCUUGAUCGUCUUGGUCACCCUCCUCUGAACGCCCUCCGGCUUGUCAAUACCCUCUGGAGGUACCCAGAACUGAACUCAGGACUCCAGGUGGGGUCUGACCAAGGCAGAAUGGAGCGGUACUAUGUCUUCCCUUGAUCUGGACACUAGACUUCUCUUGAGGCAGCCUAGAACAGCACUCGCCUUUUCUGCUGCUGCAUCACACUGUUGACCUCAAGGGCCUUCUCCAGACUCUUAGCAAAACAGAUGUAGGAACAGAGGAAACUGCUUUCUGCCAAGUCACCUAGCUCAAUACUGUCUGCAUUGACUGGCAGGAGCUGCCCAGGGUUUCAGGCAGGGGGAGAGCAGGGAUGCCAGAGACCAGGCAGUCCACCGGCCUGAUCCAGGCACUUUCCUUAACGUCCCAAUGUUCCCCUUUCAGCAAACCUGCUCCUGAGGUGCUGAACGAAUAUUCCCGCAAGGUGGAUUUCCUGAAGGGGCUGCUGGAAGCAGACAAGCUGGUAAGGCCCUUGGUGUGUGGACUUCCUUUGUGGUGGGCCUUCUCCCCGACAGCAGAAGGCCGGGCUGCAUCGUUGUGUUGUAAACAAAAAAAAUGCCCUUUUCCCUUAUGGGGUAUCCAAGAGCCCAUAUAGAGUCCUUACAUAGGUUCCCUAUUGGUAGGAGAAAAUAACAGAGGCCAACCAGAGAAUAUUGAGAAGCAAAGCAGCUAGUAAGCUUGAUCUUUAUUGAACUGUUGCAACAGGGUGCUCCCCUCACCUGCAGGAGAGAGGAGGGACCCAGAAAAAUGGUGUGCAAGGCCUUAUAAAGACUUUUGAAAUUGCCACCCUGUAGAUCAAGACCACCCCCAGAAACAUCAGGCAUACAUCACAGAAGGGGUGUAACCUAAGACCACCCCUCAGAUACAUCACACCUACAUCACAGAAAAGGCGGUCUAAAACAGAAAUUUGAAUAUUGUUUUCUCCUGUUGUUGUUUAUCUCCUGUCUGGCAGGUUACUUGAUUGGAUUGCCUGGGGAGCCUGGCCAAUCUUUCGUAAUGAUAAAUACCAUAUUUUUUGCUCUAUAAGACUCACUUUUUCCCUCCUAAAAAGUAAGGGGAAAUGUGUGUGCGUCUUAUGGAGCGAAUGCAGGCUGCGCAGCUAUCCCAGAAGCCAGAACAGCAAGAGGGAUUGCUGCUUUCGCUGCGCACCAGUUCUGUUCUGGCUUCUGAGAUUCAGAAUAUUUUUUUUCUUGUUUUCCUCCUCCAAAAACUAGGUGCGUCUUGUGGUCAGGUGCGUCUUAUAGAGCAAAAUAUACAGUGUGCUUAGUUCCUGGGCCAGGUCACAGGCUCACACCCUAUUCAAACACAGACAUACCCUUAAGACAGGAUUUGUGAAGGAAAAGACAAUGGGGAGGCUUUUCCACUUUGACCUUGCAGAGAAAACAUUUGCUCAGUUUGGGAAUCAAAAUGGUUCCAGGUUGGUCUUCCUGGGCUGAUCUAUGUACGUGCUUGGUUGGCACUCUUAUGAACAUUACCAUAUAUCUAAGACCAUAAAAUUCCUAUCACAGUCGCAAGCCCCUUUCUCCCUCUCUCUCUCUUCCUCCGCAGUCGUCGUCGUCCGAAAAGGCCCUGGCCAACCAGUUCCUGGCCCCUGGGAGGACCCCCACCACAACCAAGGAGAGGACGCCGGCCACCAAGACGGUGCACCUACAGACCAAGGCCCGCUACACGGGCGAGAUGAGGAACGAGCUUCUUGGUACAGUUAUGUCUCACCGGCCGAGGCUGGCGGCGGCGGAUCCUCUCACUGCUUCCCCCUGGGGGGUCGCUUGGGCUCGCUGCUUCCUUCACCUCGGCUCUGGCUCUCUGUGUGGGCACCUGUUGCUGUGUGGGGUCUCCCCCAAUGGCAUCUUCUGUCUUUAGGGACAGGCCAAGUUCAGGGUGGGGGAAUCCUUUUGUGCCCUUCCAGGAACCAGUGUUAGCUACGUCAGCUGGGUGCCAAUGGCUCCUUAAACCGAGGUUGCAGUCACAAAAACAGAUACAGUUGGACCUCGGUUGUCGAACUUACAUCUGUUCCGGGAGUCGAAAUGGUUCGAAAACCGAGGCAUGGCCUCCGAUCGGCUGCUGGAGCUUCCUGCGCUCAAUCGGAAGCCGCGUCGGACGUUCGGCUUCCGAAAAGCGUUCACAAACCGGAACGCUUGCUUCCAGGUUUGCGGCAUCCGGGAGCCAAAACAUCUGACUCGCAAGGCGUCUGGGAUCCAAGGUACGACUGUAUCUGGUUGUCAUCUUGGGGCAAGUCUUACUUUGCAAAGGAUGGACUGGCUGUGGUUGAUUCCCAGUUAAAUAUCUGGCUAGUUCGGAAGACAACCUUGAGCAGGGUUAAGAGAACUUGGAAGGAGGAAAGUCACUUGAUUCAGGGACUGUCCACCAAGCCGAAGAGCUCAAGGCAGCUGCGAGCAGAGCCAGAGAGAGGGGUGGCCUGGGGAGUGUCGCAGGGGCCGGGUAGAGAUGCUCAGAGGGCCACAUGGAGCCUGACAUUCCCUGUUCCUGGGCAAAUGUAGUUCCUCAGCCUACGACGAGGCAGGAGGCCUCCAAAGGCCCCAGUACCUCCGACCCCAAUUCCCCCCUAUCACUGAACGCUCUCUCUCUCUCUUCCUCCCCAUCUUUCUGCUUCACCAGGACCCCUCGCGCCUGCCUGGUAAGUGUCUGCUCACAUCCAUGUGUACAAAAGGCGCCUUUGUGUCUUUUUGAGGAAUCAACUUCGCCCGGUUUGGGAGAUCCAUUUUUAUUUCCGACGGAACUGCUUUCUCCUCCUCCUCGAGUUCAUUUGGGGCGGUUCUGUCGCUCGUCAAACCGGUUUUCACGGGGUGGGAGAAUUGUAAAGUCGGAAGGGCCUCAGUUCAGUCAUGUCUGUUGAUUUCAAUGGGUCUCCUCUGAGUAGGACCCUGUAUCAUCCCAUCCUUUGGGCGCUCGCUGUUUCUGGCUGUCCGUCAGCUUUUGGGGGUCCCUGUCGCUCCUUCCCCUGCCUGCCUGCCGUUACUUUUGGGGCGCUGUGCCUCCACCCUUCCCUCUCUACCCCUGUCCGCCUGCAGGUCACCUUCUGCUGGCCUCUGGCCUUUCCUUUACACCUCUCCCCCAGCUGAUGAACACAGACAAAACCUUUUCCUCCUUCCUUCCCCAGAUCUGGAGGAGACGAGCCUGAGAAAACGCACGUGAGUGUCUCGCAGGGCUUUUGCUCUGGGGCGGUGUGACUCAGAAGACGUCCUUUGUUCUAUUUGGGGAGGCCGGGUUUUGGUGGGGGGCAGGAAGGGGAGGGUGGGGCUGUCCUGGCUUGCUCUGCCAGGAACACAAAGUGUGUGCCAGUCCGGGGGGGGGGUAGGCAGUUGCAGAAUGUGGACCUUGGGCUGGAAGAAGGAUCUUCUAUCCUUUGACCUGGGAUGUAGGAGAAGUUCCAAAAAAAGCUCAACAACUUUGGCUUCAUCCAACGACAGUGGGUAGAUCAAAUAACUGCCAGUUUUUUAAUACUGUGAGUAGAUCGCGGUCUAUUGGGAGUUGGACGUCCCUUUACUAUAUAAUAAAAAGGUAAGGAUGUCGUCACGCUGCUGUUCACUUGGUCACAGGCAGGUGGUGCUGUGCAGUACAGCUUGAAGGAGAGAGCUGGUGGGCGAGUGGUCCAGGCAAGCAGUGGGGGGGGGGAGCCAGAGCAGGCUGCCGCAGCCCCCCCCCCCAGAUCCACUGGCUCCUUGAGGCCUGCCAGCCCCAGGCCCCCUUCUCUGGGGUUGUUGGAGGGAGGAGUAGGUGUGCCUGGCGAGCGAAGUGACCAGUGGCACAGCCCCUAGCACAAAUGUAAGGAGGGCUCUCCCUCUCUCUCUCUCUCUCUGUUGAUACACCCCAGGGGCCCCCUCCCGGACGAGAAGCAGUCGGCCGCUGAGCUGGAUGCCGUCCUCCAGCACCACCACAGCAUCCAGGAGAAGCUGGCCGAGGAGAUGCUCCACCUGGCGCGCAACCUCAAGAACAACACUCUGGUGGCGCAGAACGUGAUCAAGCAAGACAACCAGGUGAGGCGGGUACUCAAGGGGAGGGAGCAUGGCUUGUGGGUACCCCUGCCUGCCCCCCGCCCCCAGUUGCACAGGUUGUAACUCAGUGUUUGCACGCAGACUCUGUCCCACUCGCUCAAGCUGGCCGACCACAACUUUGAGAAGCUGAAGGACGAGUCCGACCGCCUGGAGCAGCACGCCAAGAAGUCCGUCAACUGGCUCCUCUGGCUGAUGCUCAUCGUCGUCUGCUUCAUCUUCAUCAGCAUGAUCCUCUUCAUCCGCAUCUUCCCCAAGCUCAGGUGAUUCCUCAGGCCGAGGGCGGCAACCUGGCGACUCCUUGGUUCGCCUCACGCCGUUGCCCACAAAGUCCGAGGCCUCCCGGCGAUUCUCUGAUGGAGUCUCUGAAGACACUCUCUGCAAGGGAGCUCCUGGCGCUUCUCUGACGGAGUCUCUGAAGACACUCGCUGGAAGGGAGCUCCUGGCGCUUCUCUGACGGAGUCUCUGAAGACACUCACUGGAAGGGAGCUCCUGGCGCUUCGCUGACGGAGUCUCUGAAGACACUCGCUGGAAGGGAGCUCCUGGCGCUUCUCUGACGGAGUCUCUGAAGACACUCGCUGGAAGGGAGCUCCUGGCGCUUCUCUGACGGAGUCUCUGAAGACACUCGCUGGAAGGGAGCUCCUGGCGCUUCUCUGACGGAGUCUCUGAAGACACUCGCUGGAAGGGAGCUGCUCUGGGAGAAAACAUCCCGCCUGCUUAUACGGUUGACAGUGGGGAGGCUCCUUCAGCUCAUAAGCUGGGCCCGAGCAGGGAGAGCAGUCGGGGGUUCAAGCCGUUUGGGACCUGGGUAUGGCUUGCUUCCAAGAGCCUGGUUUCCCCAGGCAGAGGCGGAGUUGCCAGACCAGGCCCAGUCUCUGUUGCAUGCGGGGGGCAGUGGGGAAUCCGACAGGAACAUUUCUUCUUCCUCCUGACUGCUACCUUUCCACCUGCAGGGAGCCGAGUCCCUGUUUGGAUGAGGGUGACCAUUCUGUCAUCGUGUAAAGCCCCCUGUAUCCCCCCCCCAAAAAAAGUGUACCUUCACAGCUCAGCUGCCAUUUGGGGACGGCCUGGAAGGAGGAAUACGAGGCCGUUAGGGUUUCGUUCACCUCUAACGAGGUUCUGCCGCCUGUAGAGGAAAACCAGGACUCUGGAGCUGGGGGAUUCUUGGCCGACGAGUUGGGGCAGGUUGGGGGGGGGAAGAAAAUCACUUAUUCUGUUCUUCUCCCCCCAAAGCCCCAGGUCCUAAACAUUCAGGUGUAAGGACUCCGCCAGCUUUCGCUCUUCUUUCUCCCUCCCAGCCAAAAAGGAAAACACAACUUUGGGGGGGUGUUGGCCACAGUUCUUAUGUCUGGGGUUAGACUGCAUGUGCCACAGCGACAGCAGGGGGAACGAGGGCUGCUGGAGGCACCUCCCCAUUUCGAGAGCAAAGGUGCCCCCACCUCGCAGCGGCGGUGAAUCACCUGCAGAAAGAGGCGCCAGUGGGGGCCUCGUCCCACCGCUUGCCAAGCGCACACCUUCAGCUUGGGAGGUGGGCCAGGAGAGGCGCAGUCCCCCGAGGGGGAGAGGCCCUGCCUUGGCCGCCCAAACGUCGGGGCUCUGCGUCGCCCCCACUUCCCUGCGCCAGAGCGAUGAGCCUCUGCUUGCCCCCCGCCGCACGGAAAAUGUACUUCGCCCUGCCAGGGAGGGAGCCGAGUGAUGCAACGCCAGCCAGCCUGCCUGCCGCCACUCGCGCAUUAAAAGCAAAAUCCGACUCACUA